AUGAGCUAUAUAGGAGCCGCAGGAGGCAUGGAAUACGGCGUUCCUGUUGCUCCUCCCUCGAGCUCGAAAUACGUACCCAAUGCGGGGACAUAUCAGUACGGCGCGCCUCCUGGCAGCGAGCACGAUGCCCGCCGCUACGAGGACCACGGCAAGGAGCGCGGAGCAAGCUUCACCGCAAGUAUAGGCCACCACAGCUUUACCGUCUCCGCAAAGCCAGGCCCUCCUCCUCCUUCUGGGUAUCAAGGCAAGGUGCCGAAACCGGAUCCGUUGGCGUAUCCCGAUCCAGGACCUCCGGCGGAACGAAAGUAUGCGGACCCGAAGCCGUGGGAGUAUGCGCAGCCGGAUGAGGUGAUGCAGUAUAAUCCCGCGGGAGGGUAUAAUGCGCCGGGUGGUUAUGGUUACGGAUCCCAGGCACAGUCUUCGAUUUCGAUUCCUGGGGGUGGGAGAGGUAGACACGAGGGAGAAGCGCAGUACCUGAAUGAUGCGGCGAGGACUUCGCAAGGUAACAUCGUCACGAUUGAGCCUGGUUCUCGGCGCAGAGAUCCGUCUCCGAACCCGGCUUCUCUGGGGCCGAGAAUGCAUUCCCUUACCGUGUCGCCGGGCCAUCAUGGAGGUGCUGCGCUCAGUCUGGGUAGCGCGCCGGGCAGUCCGCUGCUGGAGGCUUAUCAUGGUACAUACCAGUCCAUUUCUCCCAUGCCGUCCCCUCUGAUGGUCGCAUCCUAUCCCUAUGGAGACGUAAAUCUCAUCGAGCCCCUCUCGCCCGACUCCUCGGACUCCGAUCGCCGCCGGGGCAACAAAAAAACCCGGCGUACAGCCCGCUUCCACGACUCGGAGGAAGAAGCCACCAUCCUCGCCAAAGCGCUCAAAGGCGAGAGGAGAGCGCCGGACACGGCGCCCCUGAUUGAGAUCCUGCCCGGCCUGACGCACGAGCAAGUUCUGGAUCUGCGGGUCGAGUACAAGAGGAUUGUGAAGACGGGGAGCGGGAAGAGGGGCGUCAACAUUGCCAAGCAUAUCAAGCUGCGGCUCAAAGAGGAGGAUCCGAGUCUGAUGAAGGCGUGCUACGCGUGUGCGCUGGGCAAGUGGGAGAGCGAGGCCUACUGGGCGAACUUCUGGUACCAGGGCGAGAAGUCGCGGCGGGAACUGCUAAUCGAGAGCCUGAUGGGGCGCACGAACCGCGAGAUCCGUGCGAUCAAGGACGGCUUCAGCGACAAGAAGUACAGCGACAGUCUGGUGAAGUGCAUGCGGACGGAGCUGAAGGAGGACAAGUUCAAGAAGGCCGUCCUGCUGGUGCUGGAGGAGCGGAAGAUGGAGGAGCGACGAGGGGAGAGCGUGGAUAUGAGGCUGGUGCAGGACGAUGCGAGGGAUCUGUACCGGGCGAUUAAGAGCGAGAGAGGGGGCGAGAGCGCGAUGAUUGGGAUUGUGUGUGUGAGGAGUGAUGCGCAUCUGAGGGAGGUUCUGAGGGCCUAUGAGGGGGCUUUCCGGGCGAAUUUCGCACGGGAGAUGUUGAAGAAGAGUGGGAAUCUCGUUGGUGAACUUCUCGCGCACAUCCUCAAUGGCGUCAUCAACAAGCCGGUCCGCGACGCCCUGCUUGUGCACCACGCCCUCACGCUCUCCCGAUCCGACGCCAUCCGCACCGAGCUCCUCAUCUCGCGCCUGGUGCGCUACCACUGGGACCGGCCGCACCUGGAGGCCGUGAAGCGCGAGUACCGCAACCGGUACGGGGUCGAGAUGCAGAAGGCCGUCCGGGAGGGCACGAAGGGGGAGUGGGGCCUCUUCUGUGAGGGCCUGUGUGUGAGGCGUAUGGGGGAUGAGGUUAAGGAGUAUGGGAGGGAGGGGAGGUAG